GAAAACCUAGGCAAACGAUUCUCAGCUCUAUACCCUUUGCAAAACAGCUCCUGUAUAUAAAAAGGAUGAAUUCUACUUCAACAAUCAUCACACUCUGUUCACUCGAUUGCUCCAGAGCUCAGUCGAACAAUCCUACUCCAGAAUGUCUCGAAUUCUGAUGUUGAUGCUGUUGGUGGGUGUAACUGUUGCCUUCCCUUAUCCGCAAGAUGCCGCCGUUCCCGCUGAUGUAGUUGCUCCCGUCGACGGUGGCCCUGCUCCUGGCGAAGAAAAGGUGGACGAACGUUUCUUCCUAUUGCGUCCUUCGUACGGCGGCCAUGGACACGGCCAUGGACACCAUCAUCAUGGCGGCUACGCCGGAUACGGAAACCAAUAUAACAGAUACCCAACGUACGGAGGUUAUGGUGGCCACGGAGGUUAUGGUGGUCACGGAGGUUACGGGCUCGGCUGGCGUGAGGGACAGAAACCCGGAGAAGCCGCUCCUGAUGCUGCAGCCGUGCCCGUUGAUGCCGCAGCAGCUCCCGCCAGCGGACAAGUUACCUUCGAAUAGAAAUUCAACAUUUUUUACCUGAUGUCUUUUCAAUCGCUUCAAUCACCAAUCGCAUCUAAGAGCCACGAAUUCACUGUCUGUUGUAAUCGAAUCGGAUUUACUUUUUCAACAACAAUCAAAGUCUAAUUCAGUUUGCUGUUGAUCAGCUGACUGAAUGUUAAAUCCGACCAAUAAAUCGACUUUAAUCCUU